CCGCCGCCUGGAUGCACGCGCCCCAGUGAUUGUUUCCAACGGCAGGAGAGCGAGCGAGCUGACCGGGGAGGAGUUUACCGUUAACGGAGAGUUCAGCCGUUACAGCGGAGAAGAGGAGCGACAGGAGGAGGAAGGAGGUGGAAGAGGAGAACCGGAGAGCCUGCCGUCCACCGGGUCUGGUGAGCCGAGCUCCCUCGUUCUGGUGACUCAACAACAUCACACAGUCUUCACCACGCUCCUCUCAUGCUGACUGAGAAUGGAUGAUAUACAGGACGGGGUUCAGAUUGGAGAGAACAAGUUCAUCAGGAAGGCAACUGUCCUCUCACAUCUGAAGACUUACAACCUUUACUAUGAAGGACAAAAUCUACAGCUCCGACACAGAGAGGAAGAGGGGGAGCUGAUCAUCGAGGGCUUGCUCAAUAUCUUUUGGGGUCUGCGCCGACCAAUCAGGCUUCAGAUGCAGGAUGACCACGAGCGAAUCAGACCGCCCCCCUCCUCUACAUCCUGGCACUCAGGCUGCAAUCUGGACAGUCAAGGUUCCCCAAACAGCACAGAUGGUCAACAGACGACAGCACAGAGCCCGCCCACAGUGGAAGUGACGCCGCCCGACAGCAAACCAGAGAACAACGGUGUGAAGGAGGAACAGACAGAAGAGGACAGCUCUGCUCAGCUCCUCAGGACAAAGAGCGACGCCGGCGUCUUAAGACGGGGUCAGCGACGGUCGCCAAGCGACCAGAGGAAGAUUCGACGCAAUCGCUUCUCCAUCAACGGACACUUUUACAACCAUAAGACAGCAGUGUUUACUCCUGCCUUGGGCUCAGUGACUAAUGUUCGGAUCAACAGCUGCAUGACGACACCUCAGGUGCUCCGUGUUCUCCUCAACAAGUUUAAAAUUGAAAACAGCCCGGAUGAUUUUGCGCUCUACCUUGUCCAUGCAAGCGGAGAGCGAGUGAAACUGAAGCGAAGUGACUAUCCUCUGCUGCUGAGAGUGAUGCAGGGCCCAUGUGAGCAGGUCUGCAAGGUUUUCCUCAUGGAGGAAGAUCUGGGAGAAGAAGUCACAUAUGAUGUGGCGCAGUAUAUCAAGUUCGAAAUGCCCGUCCUGCAGAGUUUCAUCACCAAACUGAAGGAGGAGGAGGACAGAGAGGUGCAGAAACUCAGGAAAAGGUAUACGUACCUGCGGUGUGUAAUAGAGAAGCAGCUCAGAUGUCUUCCAGAAGGAGCGACGUGUAUGUGAUCCGCUCAUCAAAUGUCAAAAGCACCACAUCGCCCGCCCUGCUGUGACCGAGAGAGCGACCGCGAAUCAGCUGACAGCACCCUAAUGUACGUGUUUCAGCGAUUAUCCUGCUCCGCCUGAAUCCCUGCCUCUGCAUGGAGUCUUUAGUCAAAUCAUCCAAUCAAUCAACCUACAGACCAAACUUAAAACAUGCGAUGUUGUGUGCAUGUGAAGUGGAAACAUUCAGCAAUAGUCUUCAGACACAAUCACUUUUUGUCUUCACCAUCACAAACAGUCCAUACUGAAAGACAUUCCUCUACUCAUGAGUAGUUUUAACAUUUUUGCAGUGUAGUGUUUUGCAGAAUGAGCCUAAAAUGAGACGUCCUGUCUUGUGUUUACCCGUCAGAUUACAAGCUGAUACCCAAAAUCGAUUUAAAGCACAAACAUCAAAGAAUAUGGUCUUAAUAAAGUGCCUGCUGAAAGGUUUCUCCAAGCACAAAGACACAAACUUUGAUCAUAUGAUUUUCUGUAGAACAAUUUUGAAAAUUCACCUAGAAAGUACAUCAGACCACAGAGUUUCUGUUGGUGUGAAACCGACCAAACCCCCGAGAAAACAGUCAUUCCCCCAAAAGCUGCGUGCCUUUGAUCCUCAAUGUUUAAGAAUUUCUUAAAUUCUAAUUUGAAGGAAAAUAAUUGACCAUUUUUAUUUUAUCUCAGAAGUUCACUGCGGGAUUAUUGACGGUGGUGUGAACAGAUAAUCUGUUUAUGCUGUGACCAUCGGUCUGUUGGUGGUCCGGUGGAGACAGCUGUCUGUUGUUUUGCAGCAGGCGUUCAAACUGAAUGUUCAAGACAUUUUAUGAUUGAAGUUAAAGGACUAGUUUGAUGUUGUGGGAAACUUUUUUAGCAGAGUCAGAUGUUUGUAUAAUUUUCAGUCGACGGCUGUUGAGUUAAACAGAGACAAAGAAAACAGCGAGCUCGGCUGUGUCCGAAGGUAACAAGCUGCACCUCUACUGCUCACUUUGAACUAUGUGAUAUCAAAUUUGUUUUAAUUUGUACAACAAACAACGUCAAUAUUAUAAGUCAUGGUUUUAAAGGAGUUGAAAUGAUGAUUUUUUUUUCUUGGUCGGGACAUAUUUGAGCACAUAGCCCCUGUAAAAGCUCAGAGACACCAAACAGACAUCAGAUCUAGCAGUAACAAAGGCCGGCUUUUGUCUUGCCUCUUCGGCUAAAAAGUUGCACUUAAACACGACGCAAAGACUACAGCCAACAGCCGACUAGCACAUAUGUUCUGCUCUGUGUGAGUGGAAAUAACUCACGUCAGCAGGCCGCGGUCGUCUGUGUUCAUCAUUACCGACAUGAAAGACAAGAAGACUGACGGGACAGAUUCAAGACAAGUUAGCACGUUAAAGACACAGCCAUAUGUUGAAAGAACAAUUAUAUUUACUGCGCGUUAGUAAACAAUAGCACAAACAAACUCAUUCUGCUUAAAUGCUCGAUGGCUAAAACAAAAUCUUAAAUGACUCGAUUGUUUUGAUCUCUCUGAUCCCUCUUGGCUGAGUCAGAGGCAUUUACUCGCUGACAGGCUUUGCUGCCACGCGGCACGCAGUGUUGGCCGAAAGAAAGCUGUUAAGGGCGAACUAGUGACAACAGUGCAGGACACACUGCAAAAAUCAGGGCAGCAGAUGCUCACAUCUUACACUGACUAAUGUCCAACUAUGAGCUUGGUGCGUCGCGGCGCUAGCAAUUUGUCAUUAUUACACUUUGAUUUUUGUCAGACUAAACAAACAAUCAAUAAUGUAAUUAAUAAGCUUUAAAAAUAUCUGUAGGCAGAUUUUGUUACCUUUGGAAACAGUCAGGGAAGCUGUUUCCUGUUCUUGCCUUUGAAUUGAGCUCAGCUAACCGGCUGGUUGUUGUAGCUUCACGGAGAGUGCUGCCAACCUUUUUAUAAAACUGCAAGAAAUCCAAGAAGAUUCUUUCCCAAAACUGUUCCUUAAAAAGAAAAGACUCCUGAAACAUUACUUUUAGGUUUUCUUUUGGGUGUAUUGUCCUCAUUUGCUUUCCUGCCUUAUGUUAGAUGACGAGAGGAUGUCCUGUUGAGAUUCUAAAGUUAAAUAUUUGACAGAUGAACAGUUUUCAACAUAAUCCUUCAUAAGAAGAUUCCCAGAUGGACAUUUGGACUGACUGCAAACAUGAGAGAAUAUUCACGGAUGGACUUUUUUUUUUUUUUUUACAUCCAACCAAGAGCGACCCGCGUGGAUCCCACAAGACUGUGAAUAAUGUCCAUCAUCUUUGUCGGAAGAACGCUGUAGAUGUAUGAAUGAUCAUUUUAAAGUAGCACAGUUAGCCUCCACAUGUACAGCGCUUUGCUUCUGUCUGCCCGUCCGUUCAAUAUCUCUGACACCGCUGUGGAAAACCUCGCCGUACAAAGUUUCAUCCGGAGUGUGUGUGUGUGUGUGUGUGUGUGUGUGUGUGUGUGUGUGUGUGUGUGUGUGUGUGUGUGUGUGUGAGACUCUGAGAGUGUGCAUGUUAUAUUUUUAGUGACUCUUAAGACUUGCCUGCUUUUGUAUUGUGUCUUUUACAAAAUAAUGAUCUUUGAGAUGUUAAGAACCGAGCCACUACUUGGAUAAUGUAGUUUUUUUUU